AUGAAUUGUGUUCUUCCUCGUGGGUGUUCUGAUACCAUCGGUGUGGGCUCGAUGCUCGUUCGAGAACGACGAUAUCACUGCACGGUGGUUUCAGAUGGCAAUGUAACUGUGGAGUUCGAAAACCGUAAAGUGACUAAUGAUCAGUGGACGGGAAUUGCUUUCGGUAGGGACAUGAACGAUCUCGAGGUUGUGGUUGUGAAAAUUCAAGACGACAAACCUACUCUGGCCACUGGUUUUACAGCCGGUUACGAAGCCCCAACGCUAGACUCAGUCGCUAAUGUUGAACCGGAAUUGCUUAGUUUCCAGGAUGGUAAACUAACACUUCAUUUCACUCGUCCUCUGGGAGAUACUGGAGCGAGAAAUCACUCCUUGGAACGCUGCCAGACGUGGAGUACAUCUGAGAUCAGUGAGUACCUCAGAGGUUAUGGGAACGUCAGGAAAGUGCGAAACCAUCCCACUCUCCAUGAAGCUUAA